AUUGCCAAACUUUCUAGAUCAGCAAACGUCACUGUGAGCUGUCAAAGAAAAUGUCGCAGCUAAAACCAAAAAGAAGACGAAAACAUUUGUCACUUUGAAAUGAGCAACUUCCAAAAGAAAGAUGUAAGCGGUAUGCCUUCAUCAUCAAGACCAAGAGGAAUGUCUGGGGCUGGAUCUGGUGGAUCUGGCCGACCAGCUGUUACGACGCCAAUGUCUGAACGUCAGCAAAUGGCACUGCUGAUGCAGAUGACUUCUGGCUCCAACGAUGCGGAAAUGAGUCCCGGAGGAGGAAGUAGCAAUUCGGCUCAUUCAAGAUCGCGGGAUCGUAUUAAUGAGCGAGGAGAGACUGCGCUCCAUAUAGCUUCCAAGAAGGGUGAUCAGGAUUCGGUUAAAAAGUUGCUCGAGCAAGGAGCCAAUCCUAACGUGACCGACUUUGCUGGAUGGACACCCUUACACGAAGCCUGCAACCAUGGUCAUUACAAUGUUGCCCUGGCUUUAGUUAAAGCAGGAGCAAACAUCAAUGCUACCGGGUUGGAAAACGAUACGCCGCUCCACGAUGCUGCCAUUACCGGGCAGCUGAAGUUGGUGAAGAUGCUUGUCGAGCGUGGUGCCGAUCCAUCGUUCAAAAAUCAGAAAGGCAAAACACCGUGCGACGUAGCGGCUCCGGCUGUGUACAACUAUCUGACGCAAGCACGAGACAAUGCCGUCUCGCGGCACGGGCAGCAUUUGAAGAAAUCAUCUUCCUCCGAUACUAGUGGUGGACAGAACGCUGGCAGCAACAGUACCGGUGGAAGCGGGGGAUCGACAACCGGUGGUGGUUCCGGAUCAGGCGGCAGCUCGAGCAAACGAACACAACACGGCACAGGCAGCAGUAACACGACGAUGGGCAACACUCAUCAGGACACCGAUCAUCCCGGUGACGGAGCCGUCACUAGCGGAUUGAGCAGCAGUACCGGCGCAGGCUCAAACAAGGAUAAAGACGAGGAUGAUAUUUACGAGUUUAAAUCCACACCGAAAGAUUCCAGCUCGAGUUCGAGCGAUGAAAAGGAAAGUUCGUCAAACAAGAAGGUACCGGCUGGAGAAAAAUUGGGCGAAAAUGAUAAGCAAUCAUCCGGUUCGCACCAUGACAAUGAAUCGUCCACACACGGCACGCAAGAACAUGGACGUGAAGGUGGUAGAGAGGUGCCGUCAUCGGGAACGCAACAGUCCCGGGACGAAGCGCAGCACUCGACACAACAGCAAUCCGCAACGGAAGGGAGUGAAAAGCAAGCACAAAAGGACGGACAAUCGAAUGGGACAUCUUCGACGGCUUCGGCUGUUUCUUCCGGUGCUAGUAAUAGCACGAUCGGGACUGACCACGGACUGGGCAGUGGUUCCAGUAAUAGUGGGAAUGCAGCGAGUGGUGGUAGCGGAACAGGAACCGAUCGCUUGAAUAGUACCGCUGGAUCAUCAGGCGGCUCCGGUAGCUUAUCAUCCACAACGCCUUCCUCCUCCACCUCCUCCUCCGGUGUUCCGAAGCGUCCCUUUGCGGAGCUAAACGAUGGCGCAGAUGAAAACGCUGGUGGCGGCGCUACGAAUGAGGAUGAAACGAAGCGUAAGAAACGCAAAGAGAUCGAUCCACUCGGCGGUCUGGGUGGUGUUGGUAGUGGUGCUGGAAAGGAUAGUUCCUCUGCCUCUUCGGGCGUUUCGUCGGGAAGCGGUGGUGGAUCGUCAUCAUCUACUUCUUCGGCCGGUAAAUCGAGCGGUAGCAGUACGGGUGGAAAUCGUGGUUCAACACCACGCCAGGAUAAGGGCACAAAAUCGACCGGUGUACCAUCCUCGAAAACGCUCGGAUUGUCGGGUAAAAAUGCGUUAGACCGCAAGAGUCCUUGCGCUAGCCCAAAACCUUCGCAGGGUGGUGCGGUUGGUACGGGUGGUAACAGUGCGAGUUCUGGCAGUGGCUCUUCAUCGUCUGCAGGAGCUAAUGCUAGCAGUAGCGGUGUGUCGGUUGCAGGAGGAGGAUCUUCGUCGGCGGGCAAGGGUGGAUCAUCGGGCACGAGCAGCAGCAAUGAUAGUGACGGUGAAAGUGGUAGCAACGCCACGAUGGGUGGCAUGGAGGAUGGUGCCGGUGGGAAGAACAGUGGAGAGUCCGCAUUUGGAGGUAGUUCCGGUGGGGGUGGUGGUCCGAAAGUUCCACCGUUGAAGAUUGUCAUCCCGCAGCAGAAUACGACCGGUGAUACGGAGGCCGGUGGGAACACACGGAAUGGAAAGAACGCCUCGACAAGAAAUCAUGCCGCAUUACCGUACGUGGUGGCAUCCUCCAAUAGCAAUGAUUCUACGGCGGAUAAGGAAAGCACAUCGUCGCGCAGUGCCAGUCCGGCCGACUCGAAAAGCUCGGAUGAGAAAAAUCCAUCCCAGACUGGCAGUACCAAGGACGAACGCACCCAGCAACGUGUCCUGCGCAGUUCGCACCGUGGUGGCAAUGGUGGCGGCACCAGUUCCACCAAGGAUGGCAACACGUCCGGUGUCGAUCGGUCGAACAAUUCGUCGCCUCAGAUGCAACAGCAGGGUAACAGUGGUUCACCCUCACCGCUAUCCAAUGCUAGUGGAUGUGAUUCAGCGGAACGGGGGGCCACUGGCAGUGGAGGAACGGUUGGAACGAAUGGAGCCGAUGGAGGAAGUCGUUCGGGUUCGGCACAAGCAAACAGCCCUGGAAGUAGUGGGGCAGUAGCAGCAGGAACAGGUGGUGAAGGAGACAGUGGAACAGCGGCUGGAAGUGGUGGUAGUGGCAGCAGUGCGGGACCGGGAACGAAUGGAAACCCGAAGAGUCCGUCCGGUGUGAGUGGAACAACCGGUAGCGGAUCAGGAGGAGGUUCGGGUGGUUCGAUCACAGGUACCGCUACUAGUGGUGGAUCGGGUGAUAAUAAUGGCUCUGGUACUGGAAGCACCGGUGCAGCUAACAGUGGUGGAAAUGGUCCAUCAUCCACUUCCGGUAACGGACCCAGUGCAUCAAAUGCCAAUUCAGGAGCUUCCGGCAAUGGGACGUCAUCAGCAGGUAGUCAAUCGACUACAACCAGCACCAGUCCUCCUUCGCAAUCUCAAGCAGCUGGCACAGGUGCGGUACAAAGCACCAACUCAUCAUCCUCCACCUCCUCUUCUUCAUCCUCAUCCUCUUCCUCAUCCACCUCGGAAACUUCCGUCCAUCCGCGCAAGCGUAAAAUAAAAACGAGCAAAGAACAAUCGUCCGCAUCGUCCUCUACCUCGUCCUCCGUCGGUGCUAGUACGACCGGGUCCGGUGCAACUUCCGGAACGGCACCUUCCAACGCUACUUCCUCCUCAGCCACGGUUGGAUCGGGCGGCAGUGCGGCUAGUGCGACCACAACCGACGAGAAGAAGGAACCACGCGAAGAAACACCCGACGUACAUCCGCACGAUCAACCGAUCACCAAUUGUUACCAGAUGUAUCUGAACAUCCGCAAGCAGAUCGAACGGCGCCAGAAGAGUCUCUUCCCGGUGCAACCGAAACCUCCGCAAGGUUUCAAAGACUAUCUUAUGAACCGCUGUACGUAUGCGCUGGCCGGUAAAACACCGACCGAACCGAACGUACAGGUACCGGCCACCCUGCCGCCCUCGCUGAAGGAUAUGUUCCAGGCGCAGGAAAAGGAACGCCACAAACUGCGCAUGCAGCACAUCGUCGAGAAGGAAAAACUGGUGCUGGCCGUUGAACAGGAAAUACUGCGCGUGCACGGUCGUGCGGCACGGGCACUCGCCAACCAAUCGCUCCCAUUUUCCGUCUGCACCAUACUGAAAGAUGAGGAGGUGUACAACAUUAUUACGCCGGAACAGGAGGAAAAAGAUCGGAACGCACGAAGCCGGUACAAUGGGCGGCUGUUUCUGAGUUGGCUGCAGGAUGUGGACGACAAGUGGGAAAAGAUUAAGGAAGCGAUGCUGUUGCGCCAUCACAACGAGGCGGAAAGCUUGCACGCGGUCCAGAAAAUGGACUGGGAGUGGAAGAUGAAGGAGCAUUCGCUGUGCGAGUUUAAGGCGAAACCGAUCAUCGACGAUACGUACGUGCCGAUGGUGAACGUGAACGAUGAUUUUGAUCUGCUGCCGGCUUAG